AUGUUUACAAGUAAAAUAUUUAAUAAUUUAAAAACUUGUAAUCAUUUUUUUAAAAAAAAUAUGUCAAGUAAUAAUGGAUUAUCGUUGGAACGAGUUGUCAAGUCAUUAAAUGAUUAUGCUGAUUUAUCAUUGGCUGGAAGUUGGGAUAAUGUUGGACUUUUAAUUCAACCAACAGUACAAAAAAAUAUUAAAAAUAUUUUAUUAACAAAUGAUUUAACUGAAAAUGUUAUGAAAGAAGCUGUUGAUUUUGAUACUGAUCUCAUUAUAUCUUAUCAUCCACCAAUUUUUUCACCACUUAAAAGAAUCACAAAUAAUUCAUGGAAGGAAAGAAUUGUUGCAAAAUGCUUGGAAAAUAAAAUUGCAUUAUACUCACCACAUACAAGUUUCGAUUCGAUAAAAGGAGGAGUUAAUGAUUGGCUAGCAAAUGCAUUUGAUAUUAAAACAAGUGAACCAAUUGAACGUUCAACAAGUAAUCCAGAAAAUGGUAUGGGAAGAAUUUGCACAAUCAAUGGAAGUUUAACACCUGAAGAAGCUGUUGAACUUGUUAAAAAACGUGUUAAUUUAAAACACGUUAGAUUAGCACUUGCUCAACCUUCUGGAAAAAUGAUAAAUACUGUUGCUGUUUGUGCUGGUUCUGGUGCAUCAGUAUUAAAAAAUAUUGAUGCUGAUUUAUUUGUCACUGGUGAAAUGCUUCAUCAUGAUAUUCUUGAUGCUGUACACAAAGGAACAACAGUUAUAUUGACAAAUCAUUCGGAUAGUGAGCGUGGAUUUUUAACUGAAUUUUCAAAAAUACUUAAAACAACAUUAGACAAUGAUUCUAUUAAUAUUAUUGUAUCAAAAACUGAUGUUGAUCCAUUGAUAACAGUUUAAAUGAUCAAUAAAAACAUCAAUUUUUCAUUUAAAUUAAAAAUAAAAAAUACUUUUUGUAUAUCUAAAAAUUA